AUACACAAUAUACUGUACAAUAUACACACUAUACUGUACAAUAUACACACUAUACUGUACAAUAUACACACUAUACUGUACAAUAUACAUAAAAUACUGUACAAUAUACACAAUAUACUGUACAAUUUACACACUAUAUUGUACUAUAUACACACUAUACUGUACAAUAUACACAAUAUACUGUACAAUAUACACAAUAUACUGUACAAUUUACACACUAUAUUGUACAAGAUACACACUAUACUGUACAAUAUACACACUAUACUGUACAAUAUACACAAUAUAAUGUACAAUUUACACACUAUUUUGUACAAUAUUCACACUAUACUGUACAAUAUACACAAUAUACUGUACAAUAUACACAAUAUACUGUACAAUUUACACAAUAUACACAAUAUACACAAUAUACUGUACAAUAUACACAAUAUACUGUACAAUUUACACACUAUAUUGUACAAGAUACACACUAUACUGUACAAUAUACACACUAUACUGUACAAUAUACACAAUAUACACAAUAUACUGUACAAUAUACACACUAUACUGUACAAUAUACACAAUAUACACAAUAUACACAAUAUACUGUACAAUAUACACAAUAUACUGUACAAUUUACACACUAUAUUGUACAAGAUACACACUAUACUGUACAAUAUACACACUAUACUGUACAAUAUACACAAUAUACUGUACAAUUUACACACUAUUUUGUACAAUAUUCACACUAUACUGUACAAUAUACACAAUAUACUGUACAAUAUACACACUAUACUGUACAAUAUACACAAUAUACACAAUAUACACAAUAUACUGUACAAUUUACACACUAUAUUGUACAAGAUACACACUAUACUGUACAAUAUACACACUAUACUGUACAAUAUACACAAUAUACACAAUAUACUGUACAAUAUACACACUAUACUGUACAAUAUACAUACAAUAUAC